AUGGAUCCCAAUCCAUUUCCUCCUCUAACAACAGGUAGAGGGGGAAUGAACCCUUUUGCCAACAAUGACAGGAAUAGGCUAGGGGCAAACUGGAGAAAUUAUCCAAAUUUCGAAGAUGAAGAGGAGCAUAGGGAAGAGGUCAUACCCAGACCAUACAGAAUGGAACAGAGGGCUAAACACAAUCAGCCAGAAUUGGGACGAAACUUACCUCAUAUUAACGCCUUGAAUGACAUAGAGGCACUGCAAAGAAUGAUCAGAGAAAUGAUGGAUCCUAAAGCCAGAAGAGGAGAAAGGCCCACUUAUAGGAAGCCAUAUCCAACUUAUAUUAAUCAGAUGCCUCUAUCCCUAGGUUUUAAAGUACUAAUGGAGAAGACGCUUAUGCGUCAUCAGUCGAACACAUAG